AUGCUCUCCCGCUGCAUGCGCGGCGGCAAGACAACAAUGCUUUACAAGGUCUUUGACAGGCUGAAGAAGGAGGAGAAACUCCCCAUUUUCAUCAGCUUCAACGGGGAUUCGCUCGUCUACAAGCUCGAUGGCGAAAAGGUACUGGACACUAUGCUGAGGGCCAUUGCUGUGAGUCUAAUGAAGAACAAGCCCGCAGACAAGAAAGAUGCAGAGCGGGUGCGCUGCAGCGAGAAAGCCUUGAAGGCAUAUCUGGCGGACAAGCAGGACGUCGUCCUCGUCGUGGAUGAGCUGAACGUCUUGCUCAAAGCCAAUCCAACCGGUGGCCACCAAGAUGUGGGGAGAUUCCUGCGAGAGAUGUUCCUUGACCCUGCAGGACGACACCUCGUGUUCAGCGCCCACAUCCCCACCAGCGCUGGCCUCGAUCAAGUCUUGGGCAAGGGCGCAGGAAGCUCUCGUACGGUGAUCCCCAUAAAAAUGCCCAGGUGCGCUGAGGUGCAGAGGCUGAGAGGCAUACACCCGAACUGCGCGGCCUUGACGCCGUUGGAGGCCUCUAUUUCGGCUACAUCCCGUCCCUGA